AUGUCUACCAACCAGAAACAGGCACCAGUUGCUAAUGGGGCAGCUCCUCAGUUUGCACUCUCAUCCCGCAUGUCCACAGGCCGUGCGAUGUCCCAGGACGUGUGGUCAAUCUUCAAUGCCGCAAACCUCCCUGCAGAUUGCAUCAAUCUCGGGCAGGGGUACAUGAACUUUCCACCCCCACAAUGGGUCAAAGAGGCUGCUGACGAGGCCCUUAAUACCGUCGCUGGCAAUCAUUACUCUCACCCCAAAGGACGUCUCAGGCUCAGAGAAGCCCUUCGCGAUCACUAUUCACCACUCUUUGGUCGGACCUUGGAUAUCGAAAACGAGAUUCUUGUUUCCAGCGGCGCCAACGAAGGUCAAUACUCCGCCUGGGUGGCGUGGCUUGAACCAGGAGAUGAAGUAAUUCUCUUCGAGCCUUACUUUGACCAAUACUUGCCCUCAAUCACAUUCAACCACGGUGUUCCGGUUUACGUUCCUCUUCAUCCUCCUGCAGUCCUCGACAAGAACCAAACUUCAGAUGACUGGAAAAUAGACUUUGAAGAACUCCGCCGGGCAGUCACCCCACGCACCAAAAUGAUCGUCGUCAACACUCCUCACAAUCCAGUAGGCAAAGUGUUUAGUCAGGAAGAGCUUCAAAAGAUUGCCGACGUCGCUAUUGAGCACAAUCUGAUAGUCAUGUCGGACGAAGUCUACGAUGGACUCCUCUUCGACGACAAACCUCAUGUUCGAAUCGCCAACUUGCCAGGCAUGUGGGACCGAACCAUCACAGUCGGUUCCGCGGGCAAGUCUUUUGCAUGCACGGGAUGGCGUGUCGGAUGGCUGAUCGGACCCAAAUCACUCAUCGGACCCACCCUCGCUGCCCAAACUCGAAUCGUCUUUUGCACGAACUCUCCGCUCCAAGAAGCUGCUGCCGCCGGUCUUGAACAGGCCACCAAGCGCGGAUAUUGGAAGCAGCAGAUUGAUGAGUAUACAGAGCGACGGGAUGUGUUGAUGAAGUACUUUGACGAAAUUGGUCUCCAAUAUUCCCUCCCCUAUGGCAGUUACUUUGUCCUUGUGGACAUAAGCAAGGUGCAAAUACCAGAGGAUUAUCCUUUCCCCGAGACAAUCAAGGGUCGAGGAAAGGAUUUCUACGCUGGAUGGUUCUUAGCGCAGGAACUCCGAGUUUCAUCAAUCCCUGUCAGCGAGUUCUAUUGCGACGAGCAUAUGAAUAUUGGAGAGCGGUUCCUGCGUUUCGCCUUUUGCAAGGACUUGGAUACCCUACACAAGGCGGGAGAGAGGCUCAGAGGAAUCACAAAGUUUAUGGGUCAAUAG